AUGGUACUUUCCUUUCUUGCACCAGCCUACACUCCUCUUGCAUACGCUGCUCCUCAUCGGAAUGUCUCCCUGCCAUUGCUGUUGCUCUUCAGAUACUUGGCCAACAACCAUCUGAGUGGCACUCUGCCAGCUGCCAUCAGCCAACUGGAGAAUCUUCAACAGAUCUGGUUGGACAACAACAACAUUGAAGGCCCUCUGCCAGCUGGCAUGUGCUCGCUGCCCUGGCUGUGGAGCCUUGAUGUGAGCAGCAACAGCCUGUAUGGGCGCAUCAAUCGCGACUUCGUGAACAUAGGGGCGGAUGACAAUGCCCUCGUCAACCUGGCUCACAACUUCUUCUUCGGAGAUGGGGUGCUCUUUGCUGCCGGCUGCAAGGUCUGCCCCACUGAGAUCAACGAGCCCAGAAACCUAGGCACAAGGGACACAUUUUCAUGGGAAUAUAAUGGUGGCAAGUGCGGAAAUCUUGCUCUAAACAAUCCCGUGAUUAAUUCGGGCAAGACGACGAGGGUGAGUCUGUCGGGCAACUGCCUGACCCUCACCCCGAACAACAAGUGCUCAUCCAACGCCACCCAGCGCAGCACGGCAGCCUGCCAGGCGUUCUGCAGCAUCACGGACAACGGCCCGUGUGACGGCCACGGGGCGUGUGUGCCGGCUGCCCCUGCCUCCCCCUCCAACUUCACGUGCCUUUGCGACGCGGGGUACAGUGCUGUUGACUCGGGCAACGGCUCCUCCACGUGUGCCAUCGUCCACUCCACCACCACCACCAACUAUGUGUCGUCUCUGUCCACGGGUACCAUAGUGGGUAUUGUGCUGGGCAGCUUUGCUGGCUUCUCCCUGUUGGCUUCUGUGGUCGCAUGGCUGCUGUGGCCCCGCGGACCAAAGAAGUGGGAGGGGCUGGACGUGUGUGAGCAGUUCUCGCUGCAGCAGAUGCUGAGUGCCACCAACAACUGGUCGGAGGACAAUGUGCUGGGCAAGGGCGGCUUUGGCGUUGUCUACAAAGGCCGCUCGCCACAGGGCCAGCUGUGGGCCAUCAAGCGCUCCACCAUCAUGACUAAUGACUUUGAAACGGAGGUUAUGUUGAUUGCCCGUACCCUCCAUUGCUCUCUCUACCCCUGCUCCAUGAUUGUCUGCAGCUUUGGAAUCGUGCUUCUUCAAAUGCUGAGUGGAAAAACUCCCCAAGUCAACGCAAAAACACAUAUAGGCAAAUGGGCAGUCAAGUUGGUGGAGACGUAUGACGUGGAGGAGCUGAGGGACAGCAACAUGCCGGCAGUAGAUGAGGAGGCCAUAGUGGACUUUGCAGACCUGGCUCUGGACUGCAUCAAGUCUCCCGGCACACGGCGACCCACCAUGAAGGAUGUGGCAUACCGCCUCAGUGCCCUCAUUGACAAGCACUGCCCCAACGAGGAGGAUGAGCGGGAAAAUGUUGUGACAGAAGAAGGGACAAGUAACCAAGGGAUGCCUUCUGAGUCGUCUGGAGAUGGAGGGAGGGAGCCUGAGAGGUCUUAUGGCUCACAGUCUUCUGUGAUCUCAUUCACGGGUACUUUCUCGAUGAGUGAUAGCCUCAAGAGCUGGCUGCAAAUGAAGCCAGCCAAAGAGCGUUGA